AUGCAGAUUGUAAGUAGAAUGAUAAUCAUGUCUGGCCAUGAAUUUCAAAUAAAAUUGGAGUAUUUACUUCGUAUUCAGUAAUAUAAAUCAAUAACCUUUUGUUUAUUUUUACUUCUAUGGCAGGUGGUUUUGGGUACAAACCGGGAACAAAUUUUGUGUAAAUGUAAUCAUCUGACAUCCUUUGGAAGCGAGCUUUUUGUUGCUCCGAAUCCCAGUGACUUCGAUUCGGUUUUCAACAAUUUUGGUAGUCUUGCUCAGAAUGUAGCUGUACUGGCUUUGAUAUCAACCAUUCUUGGUGGGUACAUUAUUGGAGUUAUUUGGGCUAGACGAGCUGAUAAGAGAGACCUAUUAAUGGUAGGUGAACUUUAUUCAUUGACAAAAAACAAAAUAUGAACAAAUUAUACAAUCGGUUACAGCUCGCCAAAUAUGGUUAUACCACUCAGCCAAUCAGCGCUUAGAAUUUUCAUUCUCUAUAUUUCAUGAACUGUCUGAAAUUUUAUCAAGUUGCGGGAACUUUAAGCAUAGGGAAUUUGAGAAGUAAAAUCAUAUUCACAACUUAGUUUACGUAACUUAUCAGUACGCUCUAUAAAUACUCCUUAUAGUAUGCUCUGUAUAUUGAGCAUGUAUAAUUAUAUACUAAUUUGAUUAAUAUGUUGAAGUGAUUUUAUGUAAGUUCAGCAAAUCUAAAUACAUUUAUUGUACAAUUAAUCUGUUAUAAUCUCUAUAACUCAACUAAAUAUUGCCAUUGUUUUCACUCAAACUGCAAAAUUCAAACUUGUUUCACCAUGUUUAAUUACAGUGACGUUUUUCCAGGCAAUUUUUCGUGUUCAAUCUUUGUUGUCUUUUUUUUGUAUCGAGUCCAAAAAUUGAAGCUGAAGAUGGCGGAAAUUGAAGAGCUAUUGGACGUCAACCUUGUCCCUGUCUAUUCGUUUUGUCUACGUGGACGGUCAUGAAGCUGCCAGGAAUGUGCUGAAAUUUCAUUCUUUGACUUCGUUUAAAAACUAAUAUUAUGAUUUUAUGAAAUGAAAACUUGAUUAGUGUAACGAUCCGUUAGAACAAACUGUAAUUAGCUGUAGAAAAUGGUAUAAAAACUCUUUAGGUUGGGGUUAACCCUAUGGCCAUGGUCUUCAACAUUACGACCUUCAUAGAUAUUGGACGUCACUUUCGUCAUCUUGGCCUCACUUUUCUCAGGCCGAAUGACUUAAUUUCUUGCUCCAGAUCUAUAUAGAGCUCACUGGAUCAAACUCACUUACAUAAAACAAGAAGACAUACCGUAUCUUUACUGUACAAGUGUACACAUUGAUAGACAAUUACCGAACUUGUGGUUAAUAAGUUCUCCUCCUUUGAACAUUGUCAGGUUGGUCCAACUAUCCUAACGAAACCAAAGGGAUCUUAUCAUUACCUGAUUACGACGUACACUGGUAGCAGACGCAAUGCUGGGACUACGGCAAAAGUUAUCUUCAAAAUGUCUGGAGAUAAAGGCGAAACAUAUCCUGUUCGACUCCGAGAUCGUUACAGACCUUGCUUCGAACGCCAACAGGAAAGCGCGUUUGUUAUUUCAUAUCCGCAGGGCAUUGGUGAUCUUAGUUACGUUCAAAUAUGGCAUGAUAAUUCAGGUAAUACUUAUCCAUGCGGACUAAGUCACCAGCAUUCAUUCCCAUACAGUAGGCAGUAGGAUAGUGCCCAGUCCGAAGGCGCACGUACAAUCCUAAAGAGGAAAUUUUUGUGUUACGUAAUACCAGCUUAAAACGAACGAGUGUACCAUACCAUAUGGUUAUGACUACAUUCAAAAGUUUUAAUAUUUUAUACGUAAAAAGUAUGUUUAGUGCUUUAUCUGGUAAAUAAUGCUAAUGUUUGUGAUGUUACACUGAGUGUAUAUACACACCGAGCAAACUUGAAAAAUAUGUCUGACGACGGUGGGUGUCGAAUCUACGACCUUUGGAAUACUAGCCCAAUGCUCUACCAACUGAGCUACGCGGUCAGAUCGGUUCGAGUAUGUGAUAUUUCGAAAGUGAGGCUACAUAUACACUAGCAGUGACAUCACGAACAUCAUAUUCACCUGAGUACAUAACACCAACACAGACAAAAAUCAAAUAAUGCUAAUAUUAUUGUAUAAUAAUUAUAUAUAUUAUUGACUUCUUACAAGCGGACUCCUACAGUCUACGCUUAUAGGGAGGUUCGACUGUAGCAUGGUUCCGAGUGCAAUUUGAAAAUUACAUGCACGAGUGAGUUUUUUAAAAUCGAUGAAAGACUUAUUAUGAUUAACAGUUCAUAGCUACCAGUUGUAUAGACGUUUCUUCACCACGAUUCCUAAGCUGUUUGGAUAGUAAACUAGAACAAAUUAUAGGCCCUUGUUGCUUGGAGAUUACUCCCAGGUCGGGGACCAGGGCAUUUUUGGUACCUCCCUUUCUUCCAGAUAAAUUUAGCCUGCGUGGCAGAUCGGUCAAUGGGAAAUAAACCACCUGCUACGCAGGCUACAUAACGUUGGUGCAUUAAUUGUUGCGAAACAUAGCAAAUUAUGAUGAUACCUUUAGGAAUAUAUUCUUUUUAAAUCAAGUUUUAAAUCAUGUUACCAUUGCCAAUGUUGUCGCUAUAACUGUAUGGUGAAUGGUUAGUUCAUGCUGACUUAUUAAUUUAGGGUCUUCGCCAUCUUGGUACCUCAGUCGAAUCUUAGUGAAAGAUCUACAAACCGAGCAAAUGUGGUCGUUGUUUUGUGAAAACUGGCUAGCUGUGGAAUCUGAAGAUGGUAAAGUAUGUCGAAUCCUGCCUGUAGCAAACGAGGAAGAGAUGACAAACUUCAGUCAUUUGUUCUCGGCUCGUGCAAUUAAAGGACUGGCAGAUGGUCAUAUAUGGUUUUCCAUUGUCUCCAGACCUCCAACUAGUAACUUCACUCGUGUUCAGCGUCUCUCGUGCGCUCUUUGUCUGUUAUGCUGUACGAUGAUCACAAGCGCAAUGUUUUACAACAUGGGAGGUCAUGGUCCUAGUCCAUUUGCAAUCCACAUUGGCUCUCUCGUGAUUGAUUUAAAACCUUUUGUUAUUGGCCUGCAGAGCAGCGUUAUUAUUGUACCGGUGAAUGUGUUAAUCGUGCAAAUGUUCCGUAAUCUUCGACCCAAGAAGAAAAAGGCUGAAGAAAGUAAAGCACGAAAUCCAAACGGGGUGAAGAUUGAAUAUCCAAAUCAGGAACAGUCAAAAGGGAAAUUGCCUUACUGGUGUAUCUACUUUGCUCAUGCCCUUUGUUACCUUGCAUCUGCUGCCGCGAUUUUCUUUACUUUACUCUACAGGUUAGAGAAAUGCACUUCAAUAAUAGUUUGAGCCGUAGUUGCAUACCCACGUUUCAAUCUUGUUGGCAGGGGCGGCGGAACAUAUUUUAUUGGGGGGGGGGGGGCUAAAUUAAAAAAAAAAUUACUGUAGUUUUUGACUAAGUGCAUGGAGACACAAACCGCAAACGGCAUGGCGUGUAGUGAUUUCUCCUUGAAAAAUUGUUCAAAAUCUUACUAAAAUACGGAUGUGCAAUUUUGCAUAGAUAAUUUAAUCUCAUGAUGAAUUAAUGAGCAAUCGAAGCAAAUUAACGACCAAUUAUAAGCUGCCAAAAGAUUGAAAAGAUCACUAUACGAUUUGCGCAAUCAGCACAUAAGCAGUGUUAAAUUUUGUCUGACUGGACACAAAACAUAAUAUUAAGCAUUUCAAUGAUUUAAAAAUGUAAACCAAAUUAGAAAUACAAUUGUAUUCCAUAGUUCAUACUCUCGCUUUGCAACAAAGAGCACAAACACAAGAUAAAUGCAAUGCUUACAUCAGAAGUUCUUAUUAAAUGUUCUAUUCGAAAUCGAGGGUUAGAAUCAAUGGAUGAUUCCAGCUAUUAGACGACAUUUUGAUGAAGACCAGAAGAACGAAGUCCAUUACCAUAGCUGGAAAGAGAGUGGUAAAAUGCGAAUUGUUGUAAAAUGAGGAAAAUAUAGCCCUGUGAUUUUCGCAAAUUUUGUAUAUACUGUUUUCAUUUGCAUUAUGCGCGAGAAAAAUGACCAUUUUGAGCCGAAAGUGGUUAUUUUACCACUCGUAAUACAAAAUUAAUAUGUACAAAAUUGCGAACUUCACAGGGGUAUAUUUUCUUCAUUUUACGACAUUUAGAAACCAACCUUUACUCAUUCUAAGACGCUCUUUCUAGCUGUGGUGUUCGAUUUCGUUCUUCUUGCUUUGAUCAAAAUUUCGUCUGGAAUCACCCAUUAGGAAAGUCUGAAACUUCUUCACUUAACUUUUAUUUGUCCCAUUUCCUAAAUAACCACAAAGGCCAAUACUCUUACUUUGUACGUAGUAUUUACUGUACCGAUCAAAGAUACAUACUCAGGGUGAAAGAAAAGCAAUUUACAUUCAGUUGAUCACAAAGUAGGAUAUUUUCUUUUGCAUUUUAACCGGCGUGCAGUAAUUUAUUGACGACUUCGUAGUUUGUAUAAAUGGUCUCGCAUUCUGGCAUUCUUCAUUACGUGAAUGGUCUCGCAUUCUGGCGUUACUUCUGGGGGGGGGGGGGGUCUAAAGCCCCCUAGCCCCUAUUCCGCCGCCACUGCUUGUUGGGAGAAUUACAUGUUCAUGUUCCCAGGGCCGAUGUUCGAAAAAUAGUCCGCUUAAUCCUAGGUUAAAGAAAAACACCAACUGAACUUGAAAAUAUUUCCCUAAAGUUUUAUUUUUCUAAUGUUUUGAAAUAAAUGAGGUACAGAAAUACCAAAACAACGGGAUGUAUUACCCCCAGCGAUAUCACAAGCCUGCGAGCAGGCUCUCUGGGUGAAAGAGAGCCUGCAAGGAUCCCUAUGAUGAAUGCAUGCCGCCCUUCAAUUAGGAUGUCACAGGUCAACUAAUAUCAACCAAUCAGCGCAGACCGGAAAUACACUUCAAUAUUGUAAACAUAAACCGAUAAACGUUGAACUCCAUUUAUAUUGUAUUCUUUCGUUAGUUUCGUAUACAGACCGCCACUGGGGCAUACUAAAAAAGUUAAAACUGCUUGAGGUUUUACAGUGUAAUAUAUCAAGUUGUACUUGUUAUUACAAUCUGCAUGUGUUUCUGUAGGCACAGUACGUUUAAAGUUGUAUAUUACCCGCUAACUAAUUCAGUUGUUUGGAAUUGCUUCAUGCUGCAAUAUAUAUAUAUAUAUAUAUAUAUAUAUAUAUAUAUAUAUAUAUAUAUAUAUAUAUAUAUAUAUAUAUAUAUAUAUAUAUAUAUAUAUAUGUUGUGGACAACAUACUUGGAUAAUAAAUGUAUAGAUUUUGAACGUAAAGGAUACAGCCUAAACCCAAUUUAUAUGGUCUUGGUAGACCUGACUAUACCCCAAACAACAAUAAACUUCAUCAAGUAUAACGCAUUCAAGAUGCAGUACCAUUUCUGGCUAUUACUAGGUAGACAUAUUUCGGUCUAAUGCCUAGCAAGCUUGUAUAUAUCUAGCAAACAUAGCAUUAGAAUGUAUUCCCUCCACUCGUGAGCUUUCAAACUAUUGUCACAUAUAGUUUAACUGCAGGCCUUGUGACCCUGCAUGGACACUUAGAAGGAAGAAAUACACAUACACAAUGAUUAAAAGAUUUUAUUCAUACAUUACAUGUCUGAAUGACCAUGACUUUAUUGAAACUAUAAAAACAGGUUCAAAGCUCCCGUGCUUUGCAAACAUAACAAUAUACAAUAACAUACCAAUAAGGCACAGCCAUCUGCUAGGUGGAAUUUGCUAGAUAAGCGAUAUAUAAAUAAUUUGUUGUGGACAACAUAUUUGGAUAGUAAAUAUAGAUUUUGAACAUCUUGAAUUUGUACUGCAUCUUGAAUGCGUUAUACUUGAUGAAGUUUAUUGUUGUUUGGGGUAUAGUCAGGUCUACCAAGACCAUAUAAAUUGGGUUUAGGCUGUAUCCUUUACGUUCAAAAUCUAUAUUUAUUAUCCAAGUAUGUUGUCCACAACAAAUUAUAUAUAUAUAUAUAUAUAUAUAUAUAUAUAUAUAUAUAUAUAUAUAUAUAUAUAUAUAUAUAUAUAUAUAUAUAUAUAUAUAUAUAUAUAUAGUUUUUCGUUUUACCUCAAAAAACCACAACAGUCUGUUUCAUCCGUAUAGGAAUCAUCAGGUGGUCUGAUGAUUCCUAUACGGAUGAAACAGACUGUUGUGGUUUUUUGAGGUAAAACGAAAAACUAUAUUACGCUCUAUCUAUAUGGUAUUGAGCACUGUUUGUGUUUCGUAAACCAAAAUCUUAAGCUAUAUAUAUAUAUAUAUAUAUAUAUAUAUAUAUAUAUAUAUAUAUAUAUAUAUAUAUAUAUAUAUAUCCAGUAUAGUAUAACAUGAUAUACCAUGGACAUUGGACAUAAUUUAAUAUGUUUAUAGUUCAAAUUUUGCAACAAAAGGUGGAAUUACAGCAUUAAACAUGCAUGUGAUAAUUAUUGUAAACAAAGUGACGAGUAAAUUACUGUACAUUUUAACGCCGCAUACUUAUAAAUAUUAAAUAGUCGGUAUAACAUUGUAAAACAAGCUUAAUACAAACAAUAUGCACUGAAUAUUAUCACAAUAAUUCUCAAUAUUGUUUCAUGAAAGAGAAGCGAUAUAUAAAUGCCUUGUCCCUAGGUUUCGGUUUGCGAAUUUGUUCAGUCUUUUCUUAGCCUAGAAGUCAGACAAGCCCAGGACACAAUAAAGCAUGCAAGCUUUUAGUAUUCGUCUUUAUAUGAAUACUAUAUUAUUUUACAGUAAAAAGUCAACAAGGAUACAAAAUACAUGGCACUUUUAUCUCUACAUUGCCGCAAUUCCGAAGCUUUGCGUUGCUCGGUUUUACAAACGGGAAGUGUAGUUUAUGGAAGCUUGUCAAUCACUUCAUUUGAAUCAGUUAUCAACCAAUCAGAGCUCUGCGUCCAAAUAUUGGACGCAUGCACGUAAAUGUUAUAGGGAUCUUUGCAGGCUCUCUUUCACCCAGAGAGCCUGCUCGCAGGCUACGAUAUCACUAACCGAGCUUUGAACUACUCGCUCCAGGUCUUUACUUUUUGCUUCGCAGAUCUCGAUAAUCAUGUUAUUGCAUGCCACAUGUCAUUUAAUUAAAGAAAUGCCCUUGUUUUUCAUUGAAGCAAAAUCGCUUCAUGCCGCCAUUUUAUCAGUAAGUAUCGCUAAUUCGUGAUCGGCGAGGCAAACUGAGCAAGGACACCAACUGCAAAGAUAUAUACCGACGCCAAGUUGCACAUCGGUAUAUUCCUAAACUUAUGGUUUAAAUCAUACCGACGCCAAGUUGCACAUCUGUAUAUUCCUAAACUUAUGGUUUAAAUCAAUUUGAAGCAUAUUUGCAUCAGCACCAUGUCAGUAGAAAAAGAAAUGUUUAUUCCACAAUUAUUCGUGACUGUACGAUGUACCUGCACGAAAAAAGCUGAACUAAUUAAGUCAGUGAGCCCUUCCUGAGGUGAGUGUUUAUCGUGUAAAACUAUAUUUUGUAGCUAUUCAAUGGGGAAAGGAAACAUCAACAGAAUGGGUUAUUGCCAUGGUAACAUCAUUCCUUCAAUCAGCAUUACUGCUACAACCGGUCAAAGUUGUUGUUCUUGCUGUUGUUUUCGCCAUAUUUAUUCGCAAACCCGCUGAUACGGAGGAGUCCAAUAUCACGCUUGCAAUGGAACAUCCCUUGGUUGACCAGCAAGAAAACAAUCUCCUUGUCACUCAGCCUCCACCGCCCCGUGAAGGAGAAAAAGUGAAAAAAUAUUUAAGGUGAGAAUGUUGCUCUUUUUUGUAAAUGUCACAUAGGUGCUAUAUGUGCCAUAACUAUAACAUCGGCAACAAAGUUUUACAAUCGUAUAUUACCUUCCAGUUCUUCAAAAAUUAUACCUGACGGAUUGGGGUAAAUUAUUUGGCAUGCAAUUUUAAUCGCCGAAGGCCCGUUUGUGAAUACCACCUUUUUCAGUGGUUAACUCUCUAUGUUCCAACCGUAAAAAGGCACUUGAUGAGUACCGUUUGAAACGCCACCCUCUCGUGCGCUGCACUUUAUCUGUCGACCUUAUACAUCGGUUUAUGCUGUGUUGGUUCGAUCAGAAUAAAGUUUCACAAGUUAAUAGAUUUCACAUGGGAAGACACAGGCCUGUGUUUGGAACGGACCUUAAUAAUGAUAUAAUUUAAUAAUUCUAAACGCAGGAUUAAGUCAAAUAUACGUAAACGAAUACUGUGCCUACCAUAAAAAGUUUCGUUUCCUGUCACCUAAUAAUACAGGUUUGCCAAUAUUUAAUUUUACAUACUAUUUCCUUUUUUCAGUCCUCCAGAUCCUACCAAGCUGAAGAGAGCAAGAGCAAAACGUCUGAAAGAGAUAAAGAUGAAUGCAGCUUUAACAGAAAUAUUUGUAUUUUUUUUCUUUCUUGUUUGCUUGAUGGAUGUUGCGCAAUACCACAGGGAUCCGAAUACUUACUUACUGAGCAAAACCUUGUCUGAAACCUUUGUCAAUGUUGAUUCAUUUUCCAUUCCACUUGACUGGGUGAGUUAGCAUCUGCGCAUGUGAAUCUUUGCCAUAUUUCACAGUUUAAUGCAAGUACAGGUAUAUAAAUUAUUUCGAAGUAUAAGAUAAAACAUGUGUAGUUCAAACGUGUCUAUAAUCACAGGGAGCCCGACUCGUAUCAUUAUUUGUUUAUGAACAUUCAAGAAAGUGAUAAAAGGAAUAGUGCUUUCAAAACAAAGUCAGAAUCGUGUAUGUGUUUUUGAAUUGAACAACUGCACGUCGGUUUUUUAACCCUUCCUUUUUCCUCAUUUUCUUCCGCGCCUGUUUUUUUCAUUGCGUGUUUCCUUGCAACGCGUAUUUCUCGCCCUGAUUGCUUUGAUAUAAAUGUAUGGAGGAUAAUAUUGAUAUAAUAGGCCUUAGUCGAGUUUCCUGUAGUAUAGUCCCUCUUCUAAACUAAACAGUCGUGUUUCAGAUUUAAACGAAGGCGUUUCACCAUUCAGUGUUUGUUGCGCUCAUUUGUGGAACUGCCACUUUUGAAGAAACUUGUUCUUUCUUUUAAUUCUUUAUGCGCUACCCUCAUUAUAUAUAAAUGCGUAUUAUACACUAUUCGUAACACCGCUUGAAUUGUGUUUUACUUAUUGCGCAGAUCGUCGAUGCUGAUUCAUUAUGGAUGUGGUCUCGCGAGACACUUAUUCCAGGAUUGUACGCAGGGAAGUGGUACAACGGCAAGAAAAUUGAAAAAGGUUAUAUCGCAAACAUGGAGGAUUAUCUUGUUGGUAUUCCGCGUGUGAGAAUGGUUCGUGUUAAGAAUGGUUAGUGACUUAGUGUUAACAAUGAUUAAAAAAUAGGCAUACCGAAGUGCACUUUUACGCCAAAAAAUUAUAUUAAGAAAUGUAAGAUAAAGUGCAUUCAACUCAGUUCCAUUGUGUUUACCUGAAAACCCUUUACUCCGAUCCAAGUUACCAUCAUCAAUUCUCCAUCUCGCUAGCUAGCUACAGUCCUUUCGCCAAAAUGGUCCUAGACUUGUUCCAAGUCUCUCUUCCAUUGUCUUAUCGAUCCACUAUAGUGUACAUUACAUGACGUAGUACGGAGAGGCGGAGCGAGAAAGAGAGACUUGUCAACUUCGGAAAAUCUCGGUUCAAAACUGAACCGAAAAUGCAAGACUUGCUUUAAUCGUUUUCCUUCAAUUUCUUUCUGUAUUAUUUAUUAUUAUGGAACUCGUGUUAUUUACACUGUGCUAGAUCAAUACAUAUAAACACUGACAGAAAACAACUAAAGCAAGUCUUGCAUUUUCGGUUCAGUUUUGAACCGAGAUUUUCCGAAGUUGACAAGUCUCUCUUUUUCGCUCCGCCCCUCCGUACUACGUCAUGUAAUGUACACUAUAGUGGAUCGAUACUAUAUGACAAUGAAAGAGAGACUUGGAGCAAGUCUAAAAUUGUCCCAGAAUUAAAAUUUUCAUGCUAAAAUUUAUCUAUACGGAAAAUUUCACGUUGUUUAGACCGCUAGCACGUGAAUUGACUUGGCUAAUCUUUUCAUGUUCUGAAAACUCAGUAAAUGCUCAUCAUGUUACAUGAUGUAUAAAUCAGCAUUUGACUUGUGAUGGUCAUUUUCUUGUAAAAUAUUAGACCUAGACAUUUUUCACUCACCAAUGAGCAUCCCUAAAAGCAACCAUUUAGUAGAUAGACUAUCUCGCAAGGGCCGAUUCUGCCGAUGUAGUAAAUUUGGGACGUUUCGUCCCGGAUUCGGGUUUUGGCACAUGUUGUCAUUAUAUCCCUGAACAGUUGAGAUUAUCUGUCCUAAAUAAAAUGUUUUAAAUCCCUUUAACCCCUUUUUAUUCGGCUUUCAUUUUCCCGCUCUUUUCAAGACUAUGCAGUCCAGCAGCGCGAAUCCGCGUAACAUUAAAUCGCGAUCCUAUCGAGUCCCCAUACAUAUUUCGCUCUUGUGAAUUGGUAGGCAAGGAUUGCUUUACAAUUUUUUCUAUUACACUUUAAUACGACUAUGUUCCAUUCAAUAGGUACGUGUACAGUGUCCAGCUAUUUUGAGGACACCAUUCCUGAGUGUAACUCGCAGUAUUCCGUAGCAAAUAGAGAUGAUAAAAACUAUAACGUAGGCUGGGAGCCACUGGGUAGUACUUCAACCAGAAAACGCCGGGGAACUCGUAUCCCAGAGAACGAAGAAGAAUGGUUGGAAAGUGUAACACGAAAAGAAGAAGUUGAAAACGAUAGGCGUGCUUAUCGUCGAAAAAGAGAUGUUGAUCCUAUUCAAAGUGGACGGAAUCGUAGGAGAAAGAACCGACUGUUGUCUAGCGGGCGCCCGAAGACAUACACCAUUCAAAGCAAUGCUGUAUCGGCAGAUGGACACAUCUUGUCGUGUUUGCAAAGAUGGCGCCAUCAGUCAAUGUUAGAGCUACGUGGAUUCCCUUACUGGGGAACGAUUGCUACAUAUGGUGGAAGUGGUUAUGCAGCUAAUCUUGGUUAUGACCAACUGACUGCUUAUACUGUUGUUGCUGAUUUGCAUUCAAAUGGUUGGAUCAGCAAGCAAACGCGUGCCGUUUUUGUGGAAUUUACCGUCUACAACGCAAAUACAAACUUGUUUGGUAUAAUUUCAAUUUUAAUCGAAUAUCCGUCUUCUACAGGUGUAGUUAACAAGGUUCAGUUACAGGCUGCGCGGUUUUAUCUUCAGCUCAACGGAGGCCAAACACUGGCCCAUGUCUUGGUCAUAUUCUUCAUGCUGUAUUUCCUUUAUAGAGAAGGGAAAGUUCUCUAUAAACAACGCUGGAAUUACUUCAAGGGUUUUUGGAAUUGGGUGGAAACAAUUCUUGUUAUCUCUCAAUUUUCUUUAAUUGUCCUAUUUCUGGCACGAUUGUACGAAGUUGAUCGAAAUCUACUGCAACUACGAGAAAAUCCAAACGAUUACGUUGCUUUCCAGUAUGCUGGCCAGGCAGAUGCUACUAUGACGACCAUCCUUGGUAUUCUAGUGUUUUUCUACAUUCUUCGGUUUUUGCGACUUCUGAGAUUCAAUAAAAACUUCCUGAUUAUUGGUACAACGUUAUCUCGCAUCAGUGAGCCCAUUUUCAGUUUCUUCGUUCCUUUUCAAUCUGGCUACUUGGCGUUUGCUCUGUUUGCAUUUAGCGUGUUUGGUUCAGAACUGGAAGAUUAUAGUACAUUUGUAAGAACAAUGGUAACUCAGUUCAGUAUGACUUUGGGUGAUUUUGAUUUUGAAGCACUGAUGUCCGUCAGUGUAGUAUUCGGUUCUUUGUAUUUCUUCGCUUUCAUUGGACUCAAUGUAAUAGUGUUAAUGAACAUGUUCAUCGCAAUCAUUGAUGAUUCGUAUGCCGAAGUACAGGAGGAAACUGCCGAGAAAGAAAAUGAAUUUGAACUCGUUGAUUAUGUGGUUGGGAAAAUCAUUGAGAAGUUUACAAGGUAAUUUGUAUUUUCAAAUAAGUAUGCAUGAUCCAUAAAUAUUUCAGAUAAAUCUGGCAGUUGUGGAUCCUUUUGUCUAAAUAAUAAAUUUGGCGGGAUUUAAUGUUUUUGUUUUGAGGUUUGGAUUACAGCUAGUGAUACAAUUGAUCCAAUGUGAUCGAACGCGUACGCCUUUUGAAAAACCCUACGCUAUAUGUUAUAUAAAUUUCAAUCAAAAUUAUGAAGCAAGAGUGACAAGUUAUUCUUGCUUCAUAAUUUUGAUUAGGAAGUCCAACACAAUAGUCGAACAGGACACAUUAUCAUAAUGGGGCGUCCCCGCAUUGGUAGGUCCCUUCCAUCACAGCUAGGUGGUGUGAUUUUUCGAAUUUCAUCGGUUAUCUUCAUACCGUGUUAUCUUCUAGCGCAACAAAUGCGGAUUCGGAAUUUCGGUAGCUUUCUUUGUGUGCAAAACAAUUUGCUCGUCUGUAGCCAGAACAAAACGGGAGACAUUUUGAGCACCAUUCCAAUCGCCCGUAAAGUACUCUCCACGUACAUCAAUUUCAAUUCAAUUCAAUUUAUUAAAAUGGCCACAAAAAAGGAAUUAUUUACAAAACAAACAUAACGAAAAAUACAUGUGACGAGGAACCCUAAGUAGAAACCAUAAGGUUUAUUGAGUUAUGGGCUUUCUCAUGUAUAAACGUAUUACAAUAAUUUAUUUACAGCUGUGCUAUAGUAUAGCCUCAAAUCAGAUAGACUUGGUUUAACUAAAUUUGGCAUAUCUGGGUUUUAAUUAAAGUAUUAAAAGCCAAGUAUUAAAAACAUGUUAUAGUCGAGAGAAACUAGAGAAUAAGAAGUUUCUUAAUUUGAAUUGGAAUUGUUGAAGAGUUGGUGCAUUACGAAUAUCGUUACUCAUGCAGUGUAUUAAAAAAACGUGAACCUUGAUAGGACACAGAGAAUUGACGUACUGUAACUUAGUUCUACACAAUGGUACAUAUAACAAUUCAGCUCUCCGCAAGCCGCAGCCAUGCAUCUGUUUAUUCUUAACACCAGGUUGUCGAAGUUUCUAGGAAGCCUAUUAUUUAUGUAUAAAAACAUGAAUUUCCCCAGAUUGUAAAAAUAAAUAUCUUUGAACUUAAAUAUUUUAUUAUCUUUAAAUAAUGGAUCAGUGUGGGCAUCAAAUUCUACCUUAUUGAUAAUUCUAAUCACCCUUUUUUGGAGCAAUAAGAGACAAUUUAAUUUGUAAGGGUAUGUUGAACCCCACACUGUUACACAAUAUUGUAAAUACGGAUGGACAAGUGCAUAGUAUAGUGUACGUAGAGCUACCUUGGUGAGGCAAAAACUUGCUCGGUUAUAUAUGAUACUAACCGAUCGAGAAAUUUUUCCAGCAAUAUGCGAAAUUUGAAGUGACUAAAACAAGCCGAGUAUAUGCUAAUGUAAUUAUUCCGCUCAACGAUGCAAUCUGAUUGACAAUGAACAUUUCGGUUUAAUUCCAACAUAAUUUUAUUUUUCCAUGCAUAAUGCGUGCAAGAUAGCUAUUUUCAAGGCAUUUCAAAUUGGUCCCACAAAAAGCCCGACAUGACAAAAUUGGAUAACGUAAACCGUCGAGGACAUUGUAACGGAUUAUCCUUAUGUUUUGUGUUAUGUAGGAGUAAACCAAGUCAACGCCGAAGGAAGCGUAAAGAGGAAAGAUGUGUUAAAAACAACAAUGACGCAAAGUUGAUUGCCACCAAUAAAUGCUUUUCCGAAGUAGAUUUGAUAUGCAAUAAACUUGACAAAUUAUUCGAGACUAUUGAAAAUGGUGUGAAAGAAGACAACAAAAUUGAGACGCAGAUUUGUUCAGUUCCCGAGGAGAAAAAAGAUUCGUAUUACGAGUUCUUGUGUCUGAUUGAAAGUGAUGUGGUUGAAGAUUGCAAAAGUCCCUUCAGUCCUGCUGACUUGUAUGCUAAAUAUGUUGAGAUUAUGUACCUGAAUUAA